AUGAAGAAAAGAGUAUUCUCGUUAGAAACUGUCGUUGUCAACAAAGGAAGUCACGACGGCAGACACGCACAGUCACCGCUGGAGCGCCGUCGCCUCGUAACAUCUCACAAGACACAGCAGGCCGACCGACCAGGGGAGCCCGCCUGCACAUCACUGGCGGCAAACCCGUGCGAAGAAGCCUUGCCUUCUCUUCCCUCGCUCAAGAGGGCGAUCUGCCCGCGCCCUCCACGGGCGGCAGAGGCGUCGUCGCGUCGUCGGCGUCCGGAGCGUCCCUGCAGUCGAUACGUCCGCGGUGGCGUCGGUGGCGUCGCUGGCGAGUCGGCGUCCGCAUGGCUCGCGGCGCCGCGCGGCUCU